AUGAAGCAAAAAAUUAAUAUUUUAUUAUUUAUUAAAUUUACUACGUUUAUCCUUUUAUGUUGUAUAUGUCAUUUUUACAUUCAUGUGGUAUAUUAUUAUUAUUUAAGUACUCUUAAGCUAUUGUUAGAGGAAAAUUGCAAUAAUUGUAAAAAAUUUCCUGCAAGAAAUUAUCGUUUACUGUCAAAAUACAAGAAGAAUUGUGAUUCAAAUGCUUUAUGUUUAAAAGAGGAAUUGCCAACUAAAGGAUUUUCCCCCCCAAAUGAUAUAUCUACUAAUAAGAAGGAUAAAUUAGAAAAAAACAAAAAAAAAAAUGGAUGUUCAUCAAUGAUUGUAGGAGAUUAUAAACCAGAUGUGAAAAACAAAACUUGUAUAUUUGAAACGAAAGAAUAUUCCAAUUUAGAAAAAAAAAUAUUCAAGGAACUUGAUUAUACGAAUUUUCUUAAAAAUAACAGGACUAUUAGCAAUAAGGUUUACAGAAAAUUAAUAUGUAAAAAAUAUGGAUUACGCAUUAUUUUACCUGUAUUAUUCUUUUUGUUUUUAUUAAUAAUAUUUAUAUUAGAAGUAGCACUGGGAUAUGUAGGAAAAACUAGUUUAUUGUAUGUAUUAGGUUUAAACAAGGUUAAUUUAACAUCCUUGUCCAGCCAAGAACCAUGGAAAUACAUUAUAGAAGCGUUGAAAAAGACAGAUUUCCUUAAGCACGCUAUAGAAACUGGAGUUUCCCCCCAGAGAGUAUGUGAACUUUGUAUUAGUGCAACAGAAGUUAGUGAUAUCUGUAUUUUAGGACAAUUUUUUCGCAUUUUAAUAUAUUUUGUACCUUUCAUUAUAAUGAGCAUAACCAUAAUAUCACGAAUUAUUUAUUACCAUAAAAAAGUUAAAAAAUAUGAAAAAAUUAAAUUAAGGAAAAGAUAA